AUGGCAGCCGUCGGUGACUCUAAGCCAGAGGCAAAUCAAGCCACAACAAGUGAUAUUGACUUGCGCCCACACUGCAAAUAUGGAAGUAACUGUUAUCGAAAGAAUCCAGACCAUUUUCGACAGUAUCAGCACCCAAAAAGGAACCGUCCAGCAGCUGCAAAUCAAAAUGACGAGGCUGAGGAGGGCUGUGCUCCUGAGAAACGCCAGAAAAAUGAAGUUGAAACAGGGGAAUCACAAGAGAGCAAAAGUGAUAGUGAGACAACGGAAAAAACACUAGAAGAAGAAGAAGAAUCCAGUGACAAAGAGAAAGAAACAAAUGAUUUAAAAGAAAAACAACCUGAAGAAUUAAUUCCGCCACCAUCACCUGAAGACAUUAAAGAAAACAUUAAACAGAAAUUUUUGGUUGAAAUGCCUGAAGACUUCUAUGAACUUUGGGAAUUUUGUAAAUCCAAUAAACCCAAAGAUCCUUCAAGCAAUAAAUAUGAUGUGUUGCCAGAUUUUGAGGAAUAUUGGAAUUCAGUUGCUACAAUGAAAACAAUAUUCAAAAAUAAUGGAUCCUUCCACCUUCAUUUUAUUUUUAUUUUUUGUUUCUCUUACAAUUUUGUUUCUUUUUUUGUUUCUUUUUUCCAUUUUCGUUUCUUUUUUCCAUUUUCGUUUCUUUUUUCCAUUUUCGUUUCUUUUUUCCAUUUUCAUUUCUUUUUUCCAUUUUCAUUUCUUUUUUCCGUUUUUCUUUUUUCCGUUUUUCUUUUUUCUUUUUCCUUUUCCUGUUUCUCCUUUUUCCGUUUUUCUUUUUCCUUUUCUCCUUUUUCCGUUUUUCUUUUUCCUUUUCUCCUUUUUCCGUUUUUCUUUUUCCUUUUCUCCUUUUUCCGUUUUUCUUUUUCCUUUUCUCCUUUUUCCGUUUUUCUUUUUCCUUUUCUCCUUUUUCCGUUUUUCUUUUUCCUUUUCUCCUUUUUCCGUUUUUCUUUUUCCUUUUCUCCUUUUUCCGUUUUUCUUUUUCCUUUUCUCCUUUUUCCGUUUUUCUUUUUCCUUUUUCUUCUUUCUCUUUGUUGUUUUUCUGACCUCCUUGGAUUUAAUUUGGUUGGGCCAUUUGAUAUUCUUGCUGGCAAACACAAAAAGCUAAAUGGAAAAAACAGUAAAGGUCAUCUGCCAAAUUAUUUGCUCCAUUGGCGAUAUUACUUUGACCCUCCAGAAUUCCAGACAGUUAUUCAAGGAGAUGACCAGACACAGUUUCAUUUAGGCUAUUACAGGGAUGAUCCUUUGGAGUUACCUGUGUUUGUUGCUUCCAAUUCUGCCAAGGAAAGUUGUUUGAUUAAACCCUGUGGAGAGAAUUUGUUUGGUGCCAUCAACUGGUAUUUAGCUGAUCGACUCAAGUCCAAAAAACUAUCUACAAAAGAGAGAAAGGCUAUUAGUGAUCUUCAAACAAAACUGAUCCAUUGGUCUGAGGAGCGAAAUAUUUCCUUGAAAAUGCAAACUGCAGGCAUGACUGCAAGGAACAAAAAGGUGGUCUGCAAGACGUUCCAUGGAGCAGGAAUUGUUGUGAAACUGGAUCAGAAUAAAGUUGGUUACCGACCAGUACCGGAAUCGGCAGCCUCCCUUCGAAAAAUGUUCACAAAAAUUUGUUCGAGUCAGACAGAAAAUGAGAGAAACAAGAACUUUGAAGCCCUGGAGGAAUUACUGACUUUGGUUCAGUUUGCUAAUGAUGAAUGUGACUAUGGAGAAGGCCUGGAAUUAGGGCUUGCCCUUUUUUGCCAUGGAGGAAACGCCUUGCAUUCAGCCAUUCAACACCUCCUGCCUCUUGCUUACCAAUUACUUCAACGGACACAAUUCUCACAAAUCAUCACAGCACACCUGAAGCAGCGAAACAUUGACAUCCCUCCACAAAGUUUAAAUGAAUUGGAUUGA